AAGCAGCCAGUCGUGAGACAAUGGAAGCCACUUGCCUCAGCCAUGAGAGAACAGGAGCUGCACCAGCCAGAGCCUCCUGCUCAGGACUGCGGCAGUGGGGAUGAGAACCAGUCCGUGGCUCAACUCAACGUCUCCCGCUUGCGCAGUUCCUCUGUGGAGAUCCGUGAGAAGGGCUCAGAGUUCCUGAAAGAGGAGCUUCACAGAGCUCAGAAGGAGCUGAAGUUGAAAGAUGAAGAAUGUGAAAGACUUUCCAAAGUGAGAGAACAGUUGGAGCAAGAACUGGAAGAGUUAACAGCAAGUUUAUUUGAGGAGGCACAUAAGAUGGUCCGGGAAGCAAAUACCAAACAGGCAGCAUCAGAGAAACAGCUGAGGGAAGCACGAGGGAAAAUUGACAUGCUGCAGGCAGAGGUGACAGCCUUGAAGACUCUGGUGAUAACAUCCACCCCUUCCUCUCCAAACCGGGAGCUGCACCCCCAGCUCCAAAGCCCCUCGAAAACAGCCUUCAGGAAAGGGCAUGGGCGCAACAAAAGCACCAGCAGCACUGUUGUCACGGCCACAAGCCAGGGCACACCUUCAGAGCCAGCCGGCAGUGAGUUCAAAGAGUCUGGGGUGCCCACUCUGCUCUCCCUGCUUCUCUGUAUCGUCCCUGCGAAGGCUAUCCACAUCACCUAUGAGCCAGGCUGGCAGUCCCUGGCAACAGACUCUUCCUUCUCUUCUGCUCCUUCAUGGCAGGUGGAUUCCAUCUUGUUUGCAGAAUUCCAGGCUUGGAAGGAGUCUCCGUCUUUGGAUAAAUCAUGUCCCUUUCUUGAGAGGAUAUAUCAGGAAGAUGUGGGGCCUUGUCUGGACUUCACCAAACGUGAGCUGUCAGAGUUGGUUCAGGCAGCCGUGGAGCAGAACACACUCACCAUUGAACCAGCGGCUGUCCAGGCUCUCCCUGUGGUGAAGGUGUCAGCCAUUGAGUGUGGUGGACCAAAGAAAUGUGCUCUGAGUGGCCUUUCCCGAGCAUGCAGACAUCGCAUCAAACUGGGGGACUCCGGGAAUUAUUACUACAUUUCUCCUUCCUGCAGGGCCAGGAUUACAGCAGUUUGCAACUUCUUCACCUACGUUCGCUAUAUCCAGCAGGGACUGGUAAGACAGGAUGCGGAAUUGAUGUACUGGGAAAUCAUGCGGCUCAGGAAAGAAAUGUCGCUUGCCAAGCUGGGGUUCUAUUCCAGUGAGAUGUAGCUUGGUACUGCCAGUCAUAAAGG